CAGGAGGUUCAGGAAAGGCCAGAAUCGAACCAGAACGCUGCAUAAAGAUCUCGCUCCAGAUCGGUCACUUUAAACGGCAGCUUUAAGCUAGUCCGGGCUAGCUUUAAGACCGGGACUUUCGGAGAUGGUGCAGCGACGACGACGACUACGACGACGGCAUCACGUUCGUUUUGGUUAAUUAGAUUACUUCAGGAUUUCAAACCUCCGGAUGGAGUAUCUCUUUCCCGUGUCUUAAAGACACAUCCCAUUCCUCGAGUUUGAGUUUCCCGAGUCGUUCCACAUUUAAUAGAAGAGAGAAGAUUUCUGAUGUAUCUAUUUUUUUUGAUUAAUGAUGUUAGGAAUAUUCCAACUAGAAUGUCUUGAGGUCGGGUUAGUCCACGCAAAAUACUAUUGCAUACAGCUACUGCUUUCCGCUAUGCUUUAUCCAAUUGUCACGGUAUUGUGCACUUAAUAAGCAUGCUAACAAAGCACUCUCAAUUAAACGACCGUGCGCGCGCGGAGGUUUUAUGGGACCUUGCUGUAGUCAUCCGUCUGCGUUUGCAGGUUCGACAUUUGACAGUCGUAUUCUAGUCAUAUUCUAGCUAUAGUUGCGUGAUAGCCUAGAUAUGCGAGCUCAUUCGUUUUACAACCGUACGCAUCCGGCACUCCUGACAUCAGCAAAUCCUGAAGCCGUUCUGAAGACUUUCAACCGAGAUCGGGUUGUUUGUGCAGGUUUUUAUUUGUUAUGAUUGUAAAAAAAUCUACAUCAAAAUCUACAAUAGAUGCAGGAAAAAAAAACAAGACCACUUUCGCUUCCAACUCAUCUACCACUAUCGAACGCGUGGUUUCGUCUUUUAUGAGUGGCUUUUGUUUUUUUUUUCUUCUGAAGUACAAUUUCACACAAUGCAGCGGUGUAGUACGUGCGCAACCCCUUCGAGUUUAUUGUAUUUAUUAAAAUUAGAUCAACAAAGUCAUUUCCGGCUUCUGUGCGGCAUCACUCAUCGCACUCGCACGCGGGUACUUUAUUUAUAUAGCGCCAUUGCCGCGACCAAAAACAAUCCCAUACCCGCACAACAACGGCGGCGGCGAGAUCCACAACAAUCGAAGUUCAAUUUCCCGUUUGGGUUCGGGAAAUCCGGAAGCGAGCUCCGGGGGAAAACAAUUUCAACGCGACGCGAGCAGUUCCGUUUUCCGCCUGGAAGGAUGCCAUUUGCCAACGGUUGGUUAAAAAUAGUGGCUAGUUAGUAGGCGCUAUCAGGCGCCCUCUGGCGGGGGAGACAUUCAUGGGCCAGGAUGUAUCCGACGGGAAGCAAUCGUACGAGCUUCUUGGAAGUAGAUGCAGCAUUGUUUAUAACAUAAGCACUAUCUGAGGUUCCAAGUUUGAAAGUCUAGCCAUAAACUUAACGACUACUUUUUUAUGGAUUGUUCACAUUUCUGGGGCGCAACAGUUGGAAGAAAAGCCCCGGGGCACAUGCUUGAAAAUGUAGGAGAUGUACUUACAAUAUAAUUAACACUCUGUAACACACAUUCUUAGUAUACCUUUACUUACGAAUGUACUGGUACAAUAUACUGACCCUUCUAUUUGAAUUCCACGUGCAAUCUGAGUUCCAAAAUAAACAACCCAAAGCUUUAUAGCACCCCUGACACUUGCGCACUGGCAACGCGAGCGUGUCCAGAAAAUCGAUAUUUCAAAGCCAGCUGUACCUAGGCGCACAACAACACAGGGUUGUUUUGUGUAGUGCCCGCGGUAGAACGCGGUAUCGGCGCCAACAAGAAUGGCCGAAACCAUGGCCACCAGCACGGACGACACGAACGUGGAGUCGACGAGGACCCAGUGCGACUGUUCCCAGCAGCAGCUGAUCGAGGCCCGUGCCCAGCUGACGGCGCUCGAGCAGAGCAAUGAAACGCUGCAGAAAAAGCUGGACGGGUACCGGAAGGACAACGAGAAUCUGGUCAUCAAGUACGCGUUCGUGGAGAAGAAGGUGCUCGAUCUGAAGGCGCUGGUCGGCGACAAAGACUCGCAGCUCAAGCGGCACGAGCAGGAGGUGGCCAGCCUGCAGAAACAGAUCGGCACGCUGAAGGCGGACAAGGCGAAGCUGCAGAAGAACAUUGAGUCGAAGCAACGCGACGUGGAGCGGCUCGGCAAAGAGCUGGAGGGUAGCCGCCAUUACGCGGCCCAGAUCGAGAUGCGCUACAAGUACGGCAGCUGCCGGUUGCGCCGCGAGGCGGAGGAUCGAAUGAAACUUGAGGCGGAAGUGCUAACGUUGCGUCAACAGUUAUUGCAGCACGUGAUCGCGGAGGAGACGCACCAGGCGAGCGAACAGGUGGCGGAGAUGGAGCGCAAGGUGAUGGAGCUGCAGGCGCGCGAGAUCAUGCUGAAGCACGCGAACGACGAGCAGGCGGGCAGGAUCGGGACGCUCCAGCGGGCCAACCACGAGCUGCGGGACACGAUCGAGCGGCAGGAGAAGAAGCACACCAGCACGCUGCAGACGCUAAAGGAACUCGAAACGGAGCGAGAUCACCUGCGGCAGCAGAUGGGUCAGCUGCAGGAAAGCUUCCACCAGCAGCAGGCCGCGAUUGCGGAGCUCCAGUCGAAGGUGGAGGCCGCCAGUGUCGCCGCCCAGGAGUCGUCCCGCAUGGAGCGGGCCGUCGCCGAGCAGCGGGCCGAGCUGGAGCAGCUCGCCGGCACGCUGGACGAGCAGCGCAAGGACCUGGAGGUGCUGGCGGCCCGCGAGCUCGAGCUGCUGGCCCUGAACAAAGAUCUCAGCGAGGUGAACUGCCUGCUGCAGCAGGAAAUAGCGACCCAGGAGUCGAAAACGAUCGCGAUCACGCUCGAGUACGGCAAGUUCGUGAGCAUGUGCCAGGAGUACGACGCGCAGAUCGUCAGCCUGGCCAACUCGCUCGCCGCCGAGCGGCAGCACCGGACGGAGGAGCGGCUGCUGAUGGCGAAGCACAUCGCCGACCGGACGCGCAAGCUCGAGCAGGCGGAAAGCUGCCUGCAGCAGACGCUCAACGAGCUCGAGGCGAACCGCAAAAAGUACUUCGCGCUGGUGAAGGACUUUAAGCGCGAGAUGAAAAAUGCCCACUGUGGCGUAGAGUCGAGCAUGGUGGGACAGUAGUAGAGGUGCAACGGCUUGCUGUACCUUUGCGCUACCGUGUGAGCCGCUUUUAUUUACCGAACGCGAUAACAGACGCUGCGAGAGGAUGCUGCGAGGCAAUAAAAGCGGUGCAGCGCGUAAAUUAUGUAUGUGUGUAUGUGCCCGAACAGACAGGGCAGAUAAGAUUAAGGCAGAUUGGUUGUUGGUAUCACUUGUAGGCGGUUUUACUUUGCACGGUGCACGGUGUGUGUGCCCCGUAAGAAGUUUGGAAGACUUUAACUUACAUUAUAUGGUAAUAAUAAUAAUAAAAAAACAUACAAUCUAAACUAACAAA